UGACGACAUGCCUUGUUUACAAAUGGCUGCCGCCAUCAAUUAAAUAAUUAUGAUCCUUGAGCAGCUGUUGAGGCAUUUUCGGGCGCUCUGAUGUAGUUUUAGAUUUAUACUUAAGUUCAUGGAACAAACAUGAAGAGAAACACGCCCACUGCAUCACAAGGAGCCAAACCAAAGGCUGCGGCGUCGGGAUCUACUGGCACAGGACGUGGGAGAGGUAAAGCGACUUCCUCAUCAGGUAAAGAUGCUGGCAGCAAGGCUCUUGUUCCGAGACUUCCACGAGACAUGGCGCCAAUCAAAAUGAACAAGACGAAGGAAGGCUUGCUGGUCCCGGAAGGUUACACAAUGAGGAAGAUUGAACCAGCCAAGAAUUAUGACGUCGUCUCGUUUGCUCGGGCAAUGAACCCUGAUUUUGCUCCAAGGCUGAAAAAACUCUUUGAUCCCGAAACUGAAGCUGCAGUAGAGGCUCAGAAGACUGGUAUUUAUAUUGGCUGGCGGUGUCCAGAAUUCAAACAUGACUGCCAGAGAUUGAACAAAAUGUCAAAAUGUUUCUGUGGACAUCUGCUUGGGGAACAUGACAAAUACACAGGCCACAGUGUUCGUGUCCCAUGCAAACAGGGUUCGUGUGGGUGUAAGGCGUUUGCGUGGGUUCCGUCGCGCCCCGAGGACAUCGGUGAAUUCUGGUUUCAACGACGGCGAGGCUUCGACGUGACUACCUGGAGGUGCAAAUGUAAAUGUAAACACACUCAUGAGGAGCACGACCCCAACUACCGCAGAUGUAAAGUGUCAGGUUGUUCCUGUGGUGCGUUCUUCUCCAACUUCCUUUGUGCUGCAUGCGACAAACACUGGGAGGAGCACGAAACAUUUUUUGAAACAGAACAGAUGAGAGCGGAGAAAGGUCUUCCAGUUGGUGAGAUGUACAUUCCGUUUGCCGAGAUGCCGAACCUGCGGAAUAUUGUGCUGACAGGAGAAGAACAAGAUGAUCGUGUCUACAAAGCCCUGACACAGGGCGAGGGCUCGAUCCCACGCACCUCGAGACCUCAAGGCAACGACACUCCAGUCAGCUACGGUGGUGGUCACAGCUCUACAAGCGGAUUUAAACCAGUCUAUGACUGAUCCAUUGUUAUCGGCACUUGUUCGUAUUUUGUUAUUCGUGAACUUACGUAUAAUUUUGUUACACACUUGUAAAAUUAAAUUAUAUAUUGUUUUUUUUUCCGUGUUUAAUGUUAUGUAUAAUGUUAAAGUUAUUUGCUUUUAUAAUGUAAUUAUUUACUUGAAACAAUAUGUUUUUACACAAACUGUUCUGUUUUUGUGUUGAUUAUGCAACUGUAAACCAAUCAGAUACAUGUUAAAAAGUUAUAUUUUAAAAUUAAAAAUUGACGUACAUGUAUUACAAAAAAACAAAACAAAAACCAUGUAUUCCAUUAAUUUUCUUAAUUUUUUUAAUAACUUGAUUGGCAGCAUAUAAUUUAGAUAAAUUAAUAAAUAUUCCCGUGUUGCAAAUUAUUUUGUUUAAAAUAAAUUUUAUGUCAGAGUAUAAAGCUGUAGUACAAAUCUAAUUAACGUAACCGAAGAAUCACUUACCUACAGUCCGUCCCAAAUGCCUUUUUUCAUACUACAGAAUUUACAUAUUAUUUAUUUCUGAGUGGACUGAUUUCUAAAUUGCAUACAAAAAUAGUUUAGUUUUUUGUUAUUUCUAAAACACUGUUACUUUUCUUCUUACUAAACUGAAAUUAUUUACAAAAAACAUUUUUGUAGGAGGAUGGGAUGGACUAUAGGUCAAAAUGACAUGAACAAAGUUCCCAUAACCCAAGAUUUUCAGUUAUUGUUGCCCGAAUUAUGUGACAAUUCACAUUUGCUUGUAAAAUUUAAUAGCUUUCCUUGUUUUAUAUUUUACUCUAUUGUUGACAAAGGCUUUGAUAUCUUCUUUUUUUAAAAUCCAAAUAACCCUGUACUGUUGAAUAUGUAUCAAUGCUUAUUAUGAAUUUAUGACAACACCCCAUUAUUAUGUAUUUACACAAUAUUUAUACAUGUAUGUAUUCUGCUUAUAUGCAAAAUAGUAUACUUCACUACCACCACCACCACCACCACCCUCCCUGCACACCCUAACAAGAAGUAUAUCACUCAGUCUGAAUAAGUUUUGACAUGGCUGCCAUCACCGACAGUAGCUCACAGUACAGGACUCUAUCUAUAAAUCAGUUAGUCACACACAGCUGGUUUCUGUAGUAAUUAUAGCUAAAAACAGGAGUGCAGUGGUAAACAAAGGUAUGAAAAGUACAAUGUAGACCUACUAUUUGUAGUCUCUUUGCCAAAUGCAAGUAAAAGUUUUAAAAUAUCACCACUAAUCCAACAGGCUUUUUUUUAAAUAUAUGUCAUCUAGCUUUAUUUUCAGUGUAGUUCUUUCUCUUUAUAAUUAUUACUCUUAUUUCAAAUAUUUAAAAAAUGUAUCGGGUUGGAAUUACAAAAAAAUUAUAAAUAAAUGAAUUUAAACAAAAUAAUAAUGAAAUAAAUAAAUAAUUUGAAAAAUAAAAAUAAUAAAAUAAAUAUUAAAUAAAUAAAAUAUAAAUAAAUAAAUUAAAAAGAAUCUCAACAGGUUCUGAUUUCACCAGAUGAUCAUCUAAAAUUUGUAUUACCACCAUAUUGUGCUGUAAACUAACAGACUAGUAGAAAUUCUGGCAGACUGGUAAAUUUAGUUUUUUUACUAGUCUGGUUGACUAGCGAGAUAUUUUUCAUACCCCUGAGCAAUUACUCAACUCUUAACUGUAUUUUCAUCAAACAAAUCCUUACACUUAAAUUUGGCACACCAACCACGUACUGCAGGCUGGAAACUUUUAACCAUCCACCCAUGGUUAGCUGAUUUUACUGUUGGUUCUCACAGUGUAUAGGAAGAAGCAAAUUUUGUUCUUUUCACAAUGAAAACCAAGUGUUACCAUUCCCAUUUAACCAGCAUGAACAGGGUUAUUUAAAAUGAACAAUCAUGUUACUGGUACAUGUAAUAGUCAAUCACCAUUUGAAAAUUUUCACAUUUUUGUGUGUGGUUUUUUUUUUGGGGGGGGGGGGGGGGGGGGGGGAAUAAUGCACUUUCCCAUAGGACAGUACAUAUUAUAUGGCCUUUGAUGUAUCAGCUGUGAAGCACUGAGUGGAAUACUUCAUAAAAAUAGAGUUCAUAUACAAUAAAUAUCAGUCAUGGUGCACUGGCUGGAACGAGAAAUGGCCCAAUGGAAGCACAGACAGGGAUCAGAGUUCAUAAAUAAAGUUGCUUUUGUUGAAUGACACCAUUAGAACACAUUGAUUUAUUAAUCAUUGGCUAUUGGAUGUCAAACCUUUGAUAAUUUUUGACAUUAAAUUUUAGUCUUAAGAGAGGAAACCCGCUAUAUUUUUUCUUUAGU